UCAAUGUUUCAACCGAGUACAAAUACUUGGUGCACAGCCAUUCACGUUGAGGGUCAAGUAUGUGGAGGAUGUUGCUGUAAUCAUCAAAAUGUCAAGUUUCUCUAGAUCAGCACAGCAAUGGGCCACCUUUGCUCGGUCAUGGUUCUUAAUCGAUGCUAGGUUGCAGCCUCCUGGGAAGAUAGCGACCAUGUGUUCAGUUCGACUACAAGGGAAGCACAAACCUAUUUACCACGCACUCAGUGAUUGUGGUGAUCAUGUGGUGGUGAUCAACACCAAACACAUCGCCUUCUCUGGAAAUAAAUGGGAGCAGAAAGUCUACUCGUCCCACACGGGCUAUCCAGGAGGGUUCAAACAAGUCACUGCUGCUCAACUCCAUCACAAAGAUCCGAAAGCUCAGAUAGUGAAGCUCGCAGUGUAUGGAAUGUUGCCUAAGAACAUCCAGCGACACACAAUGAUGCAGCGCUUACACAUCUUUCCUGAACACGAGCUGCCUGACGACAUCCUCGCCAACCUGACUGAGCAGUUGCCUCAGCCGAGAGAAAUUCCCAGGAAGCUCAGCGAAUACUCACAGGAAGAGAUAGACGCCUUCCCCAGGCUGUGGACGCCACCUGAAGACUUCAAGAUGAAAUGACAACGCAGCUGCAACGUUUAAACCGCACGCACGCACACACACACACACACACACACACACACACACACACACACACACACACACACACACACACACACACACACACACACAAAUUGUUGACAAUACAAACAAGACGCAUAUGUAAUAAAACUAAUAACGUUUAUGAUUGUUUUUUUCCAACGUAUUCAAUGGAAAUAUCUAAUAAACAAUUUAUUAGA